AACAAUGUAAUUCCAUGAGCAUUAGCUAAAGUCCAUGGGAAAAUUAAGUCAAAGCUGUCAUAUGGUAUUAAAUCGCUAAGAACUCCUUGUUGUCUCCGGGUUUCUGCCCAAAAAGACACGAAUCUUUACAAUCUAGCUUUGCAAUCUUCGUCAACCAACAACAAUAUUUCGUGAUUUACUCAAGAAAGGUAUGACUUCAUUAUGCUAUCCAAUUUUCAUUCCUUUGGGGAAGCAUUGCAUCGUCUUCGGAUCAACGACAAGCCAAAAUUCCAAUGACUUGAACGGUAAUUACGAAGAACUACGGCCAUGAAUUUAGCUCUAAAACUUGUAUCCCUGCUUUCGUGUAUUACGACGUGGAGCAGUGUCCUUGCGUUAAUACCAAUUAUAGGCCGGUACUACCCGAACGAACAAGCAGCAUUGUGGCAAUUGAGGGACUCCGUUGGUUCUUCCAACUUGUACUCGAACUGGACGGGGCCUCCUUGCAUGAACAACCAAAGCAGAUGGGGUGGCAUUGCUUGUUCGAAUGGCCACGUCGUACAUCUCGUCCUUGAUGGGAUUCGGCUAAUGGGAUCUCUUCCGCCGGCGUUUUUAAACAACUUGACUCUCUUGACUAAACUAAGCAUGAGAAACAAUUCGAUUUCCGGACCACUUCCGAAUCUGGGCAACCUCGUAGGUUUGGAAUAUGUUUUCCUUUCGCGUAAUCUGUUUACGGGUUCAAUCCCUUUCGAUUACGUUCAACUGCAGAGCCUGAAGGAGAUAGAAUUGCAAGAGAAUUAUUUACAAGGAAAGAUUCCGCCUUUCGAUCAGCAAAGCUUGAUCGCCUUCAACGUCUCGUAUAAUAGUCUCGAAGGCCCGAUUCCUCAGACCGAUGUGCUUCGAGGGUUCCCGGAAAGCUCUUUUUUACAUAACUCAGGUCUUUGCGGCAAUCCUAUAAAGAAGCAAUGCCCAGUUCCGCCUGCCCCAUCACCAUCGCCAUCGCACAGCGGUAAAAAGAGUAGUUUUGAAACACGGGGUUUGGUUUUCAUUAUCGCUGUCUCUGUCCUGGUUCCUUGCCUAGUUAUUUUCGUCUUCUUAUGGUAUUAUAAGAGAAGGCAUAGAAAAGAAACAGCCAAAAACUCAGAACUAGGAGAAACUGCUAUAGAGUUGGAAACUAAGAAAAUGAAUGCUUCUCAAAGGGCAUUGGAUCCAGAAAGAACAGCUGAAUUAGAAUUUUUUGAGAAGAGUAUACCAGCUUUUGACUUGGAUGAUUUGCUAAGGGCAUCGGCUGAAGUUCUGGGCAAAGGGAAAUUAAGCACUACGUAUAAAGCAUCGUUGGAAUCAGGACUUGUCGUUAGCGUGAAGAGAGUUAAAGACAUGAAGGGGUUAAGCAACAAGGAAUUUAUUCAGCAGAUGCAGUUGUUAGGGAAGCUUAGGCAUGAAAACCUGGUACAGAUCAUUUCUUUCUACAAUUCCAAUCAGGAGAAGCUCAUAAUCUAUGAAUUUGUACCUUCUGCCAACUUAUUCGAGUUAUUACACGAAAAUAGAGGUUCGGCAAGAAUACCACUAAAUUGGGGUAUAAGACUGUCCAUAAUCAAAGAUAUAGCAAUGGGCAUGAAUUUCCUGCACCAGUCCUUACCUAAUCACAAAGUUCCGCACGCCAAUCUCAAGUCUUCAAACGUUCUGGUCCUUCGCCAAACCCAAAACUACCAUUCCAAGAUCACAGAUUAUGGUUACUACCCGUUGCUAUCAUCUCGAAGAUCCUUAGAAAAGCUAGCCAUUAGCAGAUCACCAGAAUUCUGUGAAGGAAAGAAAUUAACGAACAAGGCCGACGUGUAUUGCUUUGGUAUUAUGUUACUGGAGAUCAUAACAGGCAGGAUCCCGGGAGACGAGAUUUCGUGGGGGGAUGAAGAAAAAGCUGAAGACCUGUCGGAGUGGGUUAAAGCUGUGGUCAACAAUGAUUGGUCGACGGAUAUAUUGGACGUAGAGAUUUUAGGAACGAAAGAAGCACACGAUGAAAUGUUGAAGCUUACAAAUCUGGCUCUGGAAUGUACCGCCGCCGCACCGGAGAAGCGGCCUAAGAUGACUGAUGUUUUAAGAAGGAUAGAAGAGAUCGAACAAAGAAAAAGUGAUAAUGAUUGACGCUCUUUUUUACUAUUUGUUAAGGUUUAAAUGCAAAAUUCGCCCUGAAAUUGUACAUUUUUUUCACUCAAGUAUUUAAAUUUUUUUAAAUAUACUUAAAUUAUCA